AUGGAACGUGCAUAUUUUUCCAGUUUUAAAUUUUCAUUGCCUCAGAUGAAAACAACAGGAUAUCCAGCGAUAUCAGGUCCUAAAUCUGUUAAUGAUCGGAUUGCUGUUGUCGGAGGUGGGAUAAGCGGUGUGCAUAUGGCUUCUCUACUAAAGGAAAGAGGUUUCAAAAACAUCGAAAUUUUUGAACAGCGAAACGAACUUGGAGGAAAAGCAAAAUCCCGAUUUUACAGGGGCGUAUACAAUGAGUUUGGAACAAACUAUAUGUCCGAUAUCUACGAUCAGACACUCAGAUUGGUGCAGAGAUAUACUCCUCAGUUCAGGAUAAAAUCCAAAAAUAAGUCCUCCGUAAUGGUCAGGGAUUUCGAAUUUUCAACUUGGAGCGAACUGUUGGCUCAGAACACGGGAGAAAGGUCACCUGAGGUUGCACGUCGGCGGAUCCAAGAAGCAGUGGGAAAGUACGACAGAAUCCAUCGCUGUUUGUUUGGAAACUAUUCCUUCGAACUCAUGCCUCGACCAACUCCACAAGUUCUCCGACAAAUUCAAGGAACUGUCCAGGAUUUCUUAGAACGGCAAGAUCUGAUGGUAAUAGCCCCUAUUUUCAGAACAUUUCUAACUGCAAAUGGGUAUGGAUUUAUCAACGAUACUGCAGCAAUAUACGCUUUGGCUUGGGUACCACCGGAAGUAAUCAAGGGCGUAUUUACACCUGAAAACGGAUUCUGGAUUUUAGAGGGGGCAUUUCAAUCCAUUGUUACCGAGAUUGCCAAACAAAAUAAAUUGAAUGUACAUCUUGGAGCUAAUGUUGACAGGAUUAAAAGAUUGCCCGGUCCUGGAGGAAUUCAAAUAACGUACUCAACCAGAGACCACCCAAGUGUUAAGACGGAACAUUUCGAUUUCUUGGUCUUAUCUCCAGCGAUGAAUUCUUUGCUAAACAUUGUGGAUUUCAACGCAAAGGAAAGACAUUUAUUUAGCAGACUGUAUAAUGGAAACUUCCUUACAACACUGAUCGAAUCAGACAAUGGCAUUCGCGGGAACGAUCCACAGGUUUAUUACAACAAUGCCCUUGAGCAAAUCAACUAUCCAGUAUACGCAACAUUUAAUUUUUACCAAGCAAAGAACAACAUCACCGAGGAAGCCCAUCGACUUGGAAUUCGAGAAAACGGCCCUGAUAAGAACCCGCAGGAAACUCAAAUGUAUUAUCAGGUUGGCAUCGAAAAUCCUUGGGCAAAGGAUAUUGAUAUUACGAUCCAAUCCAAUUUAGUUUCAUUCUUAAAAAAAUUUAGAAAAAGUAAUCCAAGAGUUUUGGAACAAACAAAAUGGGGAUAUUAUUUCCCCAGGUUUUCCGGAGAAGAUACCGUGCGUGGAUAUCUUUGGGAUAUAAUAGAUAUGCAGGGUCAGUUCAAUACUUGGUACAUCGGCUCCUCUGUCUGCUUUGAAAGUAUGGAGAGUGUUAUCGAAUAUAAUAAUCUGUUAAUGAGUAAAUAUCAUCGAUAA